AUGUCUGACUACACCGGCCCCGGAAUCUACGGAAUCGUUCCCUACCAUGCGAAUGACAUGAGCCUCGACGUCUGGGGCAACAACAAGAAGGAGGGAAUCGCAAUCAAGCUUUACAAGCGAUCCCCCACUGCCGAGAACCACCAGUUUAUGAUUGCCGACGCUGGAGACCUCGAUGCCAGGACUGAGAAGGGCGACCGCGAGUAUCUCAUCAUUGCUGUCAACUCGGGCCUCUACUUGACUUGCAACGGCGACGGUAAACCAGUCACGACUCAGCUUCGCGGGCCCAUGGACGCUUCUGUCCGCUGGAAGCUUGCCCAUACCGGCAACGGAGCCUUCUACAUCAACCAUGUGAGCGGCGAUAAGCAGCUCAACGUUGCCGGGAACGCCAAAGAGUCUGGAUCAGGUCUCAUCUGCUACAAGCCUUCCAAGGAAGUCAACGCCCAAUUCUUGAUCAAGGCUGUCGCUUAA